CACACGACUCCAUUUACAUGAAAUGUACAAAAAGGUAAAUCGAUAGAAACAGAAAAGAGAUUAAUGGUUUUCAGGGACUAGGCAAAGGAGUGACUACGUAAUUGGUGCGGGGGUUUCCUUCGGAUGGAACCCUUAAGAAUAAGGAGGUGAAGUGAUUAUCGUUGGCUAUUCUAAGUGUAAUGAGUGCCACAGGAUUGUUUAUUUUUAAAUUGUUAUCUCUACGCUUGGUUGAGUUUCAUCUCGCUUAAAAAGAAAAAGUUUGAGAACCUUCUCUUUGCCCUUCUCUGGGCUUGGAAUCUUCUUCACGGAUCUAUGGCAAAAGAAACCGUCUUCAUCCUGGGGGGAGGGGUGAAGGCCUUGUCGGCAGAAGGACCCCUGCCCCCAGUUGUUUAAGCCGCCCGGCAUUCGUCGCAGCGCGCCUUGGGUCCCACUGGGCUAGCCAACGACCAGGAGAAAUAGAGUGGAAAAUGCAAAACAACGAAAUCAUUAAACCUGCCAAGUACUUCUCGGAGCUGGAGAAGAGCAUCUUGCUUGCCUUGGUAGAGAAGUACAAGUAUGUGUUGGAAUGCAAGAAGAGCGACGCGCGGACUAUUGCUCUCAAGCAGCGGACCUGGCAGGCCUUGGCCCACGAGUACAACUCGCAGCCCAGCGUGUCGCUGCGGGACUUCAAACAGCUCAAGAAGUGCUGGGAGAACAUCAAGGCUCGGACCAAAAAAAUUAUGGCCCACGAGAGGCGGGAGAAGGUGAAGCGCAGCGGGAGCCCGUUGCUGAGCAGCCACGUCCUGGACAAGGAGAAGAUCAGCAGCAUGCUGCCGGAGCAACUGUACUUCCUUCAGAGCCCACCGGAGGAGGAGCCCGAAUACCACCAGGAUGCGGCCGCCCAAGAGUCCUUUGCUGUUUCAAAUCGAGAACUGUGCGAGGAUGAGAAAGAGUUCGGGCCCUUUCCGGUCUGUGAGGGGACCUCACAACCCGAACCUUCAUGCUCAGCCGUCAGGAUAACCGCCAAUAAAAACUACAGGAGCAAAACCCCUCAGGAAGGUGCUUUAAAGAAAAUGCACGAGGAGGAGCACCAUCAGCAGAUGUCCAUCUUACAGCUGCAGCUGAUCCAAAUGAACGAGGUGCACGUGGCCAAAAUCCAGCAGAUCGAGCGCGAGUGCGAGAUGGCCGAGGAGGAGCACCGGAUCAAAAUGGAAGUCCUCAAUAAAAAGAAGAUGUACUGGGAGAGGAAACUGCAGACUUUUACCAAGGAGUGGCCCGUCUCCUCGUUUAACCGGCCCUUUCCCAAUUCACCCUAAGACUUGGGGAUGGCUCCCUUGUAGUUAAUCUCUGUUGGCAAGGCGAGUGUGGGGUGUGGCCUUUUUGGUCACUAGCCCGCAACAGACCUGCGUCUAGGUGGAUUAGAGUGGUAGUAGUCACUUAUUUAAGGAUACAUUCAGGUAAAACAGCUGCACCCCGUCUACCCCCGAGGUGGCCAAGAAGCUGUUACAGUCUUCUAAAAGUCACCACUAUGCGUGCUAUAAUUCUGAAUGUAACAUUCUUAAUUAGAAUUCAUAGAUGAACCAUGUGUGAGUGUUGGUUUUUUUUUUUUUAAGAAAUGCAAGAUAAAGGAGUGUGGCUGGUGAUUUUGACUUUAUCUUUUAGUGGGUUUUUGUUCUUUUGUUUGUUUUUCAGCUGACUGGAGCUUUUACACCAGGUACGCCCCAUUCAUUGUACGGCUGGGUGCUUGGCUGUUUUCCCACCUCUGGAGUGUGGUCGUUUGAAGAGCCCAGCCUUUGGAGGGGUGUUUCCUCAUGUGGGUCACAAAUUGCCUUUUAAGACUUUCCCCAGAGAGGCUUUCCAACCAACCACGUCUCCAGCAGAGGCGGCUUCAAUACAAGUAGGGAGGUUAACAACUUUGAGGGCUUAAUGUUCACUUAGGUUCCUACAUCCUGUUUGUUUUAUUAAAAAUGUCUUAAAAUUUUAUAGUUACACUGUGUAUGUUUUUAAAGGUGCUGCCAUCCCAGCCCAGAUCCUUCCCAACUUCUUACUGCUGAGGGAAUGGUUGUCUUGACUUUAGUCUCUAACCCCUCAGGAGAGGCCCCGCCCUCGCUGUGCUCAUCGAGGUGUGAGCUGAUGAUGAUAAUGCUGUGAUGCUGAUGCUGCUCCACCGGUCCACCGAUCGGGGUUAGGAUUUAUACCCACUCUCACCAACGUGUUUGGAGAUACGGAUGCAUAAAAGGGUGUUUUGAUGGAGCUGUGGUGCUUCUGCUGUAGCCUGAUGUUUAAAAGGGUUUUUUUUUUUAGAGUUGGUGGCAGUAGUAGCUGGAAGCAGCAGAGGGACCCUUCAAUGCAGGUGAACAGUACAGUGAGUUCGGUAUUGGGGGGUUGGGGGGAGGAGUAACAGUUAGGGCUGGCGUUCUAAGUGUGGCUCUGCCCGACGGUGCUGUGUUACUCUGGCCAACUCCCUAAACCCUUGACCUGGUGCUUCCUGUCCACAGAAUGAGGGAGUUGAGCUAGACAUUUGGAGCCUGCUUCAGCUCUGUAGUCACAGCGUGGCUUGUGCUACCUUCUGUGCAUACUGCUGACAUCGUGACAGCCUGGAGGGCAUGCAUGGGUCUACACAGAGUUGUCUCUGCUCAAGUGGCUGAGCUUUGGAAUAUGGGUCCCAGGGCCUAUUAGGUUUUGUAUGGUUCACGCAAACUCACAAUUUGCGCACUGCAUAUAAUGUAAGCAGAUUAUCAAUUUUGUACAUUGAAUCUAUUUUAAAUAUUUUAGAGGAAUUAGUCCAUUAUUUUAGAUAUAUCCUGCAAUGAGAGACGAGAAGUAGGAUCCUUUCGUGGGGUUUCUGUUCUUAGUUUUUAUCAGAUGGAGUCUUCAGAGUAUGAAUGGUUUGGAAGUCUCAAGUUCAGAUGGUAUGCAGAAGAUAGAAAUGGGCUCCCUGUGUCCUGCUUCAGGAAUCGAGACAGGGACGGACAACACACGUUUAGAUGCAGAGGGCUGCCUUUGCUUCAUGUACUGAUCUGUCCAAGCAUCGCAUUAAUAUGCACAUCCAGAGUAAGGCAUGAGAUUCUGUUCUGACAGGCUUCCAGAUUGUGCCUGACUUGAUGCUCUCCGUUCAACACAUCUCUGAGUGACAAGGACUUAAAGGGACCUUAGGAAGUUUCCCAUCUUCUGUAUACAUCGAUGUGGUGGUUCUAAUUUUCUAAGAAUUUAUGACUUAAACUCACAAACAGCAACACAGAAUAACAAAAAUGGCAGUGCAAUUUAAUUGGACAAUAAAAGCAUUGAACUAAUUCCUAACUGAACAAAUACAGGAUAAUUAAGCCAGAGCAUAAAGCCCCUAAUGGUAUUUAUGAGUUUACAAUAGUAGUUUGCAAUAUUUGGCUAUGUGUUAGAAAUAAUAUUUUAUAAAUAAUUAGUCCCACUGGGUCUCACUUCCAGAGGGUUCUGAGUCAGUUGGCUUGGGCGGGGCUUGCUACUCAGUAUUUUUGGAAGCUUUAUAGGUGAUUAUGAUACAUAGAUAAGAUCGAGAGCCACUUUGUGCGGUUUACGAAUGUAUUUCAGUUGAUCCUUAAUUCCACAAAGCCAUGGAGGGGGAAGGAAUUGAUGCUCAGAGAUUAAGGAUGCUCAGAGAAGAGCCCACCUGGCGCCAGGCCUGUAGCCAGUACAUAGCAAAGGAGAACUUUAGGGUGGAUCUUGGUUCUGAGAUCCACAGCCCCACCUGCUGUGUAUCUUUACCCUUUCGUUUGAGGCUGUACCAAGGAUGCGUUUUAUUCUGAGACUCGGAUGAUACAGAGUGCUUGCCGAAGCAGCUUCAUUCAUGAACAGACAGCACAUCCCAAUUCAUUUUGCUUUUGAGCCUUUUAUUUCCUGAGGUAGAAAUGCAAUAACCAUUUCUUGACAGGAAUUGUAAGCCAGAUACACAUAAAAAAUAUUAAGACAUGAUUCAACACCAUGGACAUUGCCCGGGAGGGAGGAGGGAGGGGCUUGUACACAGCUGACUGUAGACUCAGCCGGUACACAUCUUCAAAUGUUCUUUUAGUUGAGGGCAGAGAACUAAGAAAAAUGAAGAAAGGAAUCAUAGAAUCGUGGCAUUUGAAUUGAGUCUGAAGAGCUGACAUUUUGGCAGGUAGGGAUUUGGAAAGAACAUCACUAGAUGACACACAGAUGGAAGAGAGAAGAGUAAGCUACAGGGGAAUUUUCAAAUCUGAUUGGAACUGUGCACCAGGAGGGAAAUUAGAAGCUGGAACCAAGGGGAGAGGAGACUGCAAUUGGGAUGACAGAUAGGAGGCUUUGGCUUUGAGCAAAUGAGAUGACAAGACCCAGAGGAGGAGUGAAAGGAGACCAGCAUCCUGACCAGGUGGACUCAGAGCUGCUUUGUUGAUUGUUUUUUUUCUAUAUUUAUUUUCUUAUUUAUUAGGUAUUUUCUUCAUUUACAUUUCCAAUGCCAUCCCAAAAGUCCCCCAUACCCUCCUCCCUGAUGAUUGUUUUUGUUGGAGAGGAGUGGAAGGGGUUCAAAGCUAGACUCUUGGGAGAACAAUACUGAUGAUAAUACUGAGAUGAAGAUGAAAAUGCCCUCUGGCAUAUUUGACCUGAUUCAUGAAAGAACUAUACUGAUGAUAAUACUGAGAUGAAGGGAAGAUGCCAAUGCCCUCUGGGAUAUUUGACCUGUCCUCCUAGGCACACACACUAGUAUUUGUUCCCAGUUCUUUGUCUAUCACGUCUCUGCAGCAACUUCCUCCUUGUCACCUACCAUUGUUCCUUCCACCUGUUCACGUGAACUGGCCUUACUCGGUCCUUGGUCACCCAACUUAUUUGGCACUGCCUCUGUCACCAAUUCCUCCAUUGCCGUUAGGGGCACCUCAUUCAGUAUCUUCUACUUUGGGUUGCACUAAGACGACCGGAGGAGUUUGGGGGUUUAUUUGUUUGUUUUUGUUUUUAUCCAAUGUUGAAUAGCAAAUCCCUGGCUGGAAAGGAUUGAUUGAUGACUUCCAUGUAUGCACAGCACAGCUCCUUUGUAAAACUCAAGUAUGGAAUCCUCCCCCAUAGGGAUCCUGCCCAGUGGGUCCAUGAUUUAGGAAUGUUUCAAGGGGGAUGCCAGGACAAUCUUUAAAUGCAUUUCCUUCUUGGUUCCACUUCAGGAGGCAGAGAUGACAUGGUAGGAGAGUACAUUUGAGUUGUCAACAGUCUCUGCAGUGUCAGGUCAAUUACAUCAGCACUUGGUCUAGACCACAGGAAAGGAAUGAUUGUGCCUCCUGGGAAUGUCACAAGGACCUGAUAAUUAUAUUUGGCAAAGCUAUGAGGAGUGGCUCUCUAAUGUCAUUGCUAAGAAUUACCCUUUUAGUAGCAUCUCUGGAUGCCCAAGCUUUUCAGAGGGAUGGUACUUCAAGCUUUUCAGAGGGAUGGUACUUCAUUUCUGUGCCUUCCCCCCCCCCCCCCCCGCUGGGCCUCUUUCCGGGUGGUCGGUCCUCUUACUCCUCCCUGCCCUUGGUAGUUAUCUGUAUUCUCUUGUCUUCCCUCCAAACCCCAUCCCCACUCCUAACCUACCCCCCCCAGCCCCCCUUCUGCCCUCACAAUAGCUUUCGUUCUCCCAUGGUAGAGGUGGAAGGUAUGAGGAUGCUCGACCUGCAGAUUCUCAGAGGGCAGCUCCUCCACACCCCAGGCAGCCUCAGGACAGAUCAGUUGAUUUAGUUCCCUGCUGCAGUAGCUACCUUUGUCUACCUUUGUGUUUGUGGGACUCAAGAGUCAUGGGAAAGGUGACCAGGAACCUGUGACAGCAACCAAUUCUUUCCCAAUUGUGCCAUAUAUUAUGCUCUUCAACACAAUUUACUAAUCUCUGCCUCGGUUUCUCCAUCUGUAAGUGAUGUAAUACUUAUCUACCUCCCUUGGAUGUUGUGAAGAUUAGUGUGUGUUGGUAAAGCACUUCUGAAAUAAAGACUGAUACCGAGCACUUGA